GAGGUGGACCCGCGGCGUGUGGGGCAUCAGAGAAUGUUCUCUAGUUUUUAAAGUGAGUUCUGAAAGUUGGUUAUACUGAAGGAGCUGAAGUGGGAGAUGUUGCCAUUCCGGGUGGGAGAGCCGGACAAGCCAGCACAAGACUUUUUCAGCAGCUCGAUGGCCUCCCCGAAGAAGAAACUUCAAGGUCUUGUUGCUGCAACCAUCACGCCAAUGACUGAGCAUGGAGAAAUCAACUUCUCAGUGAUUGGUCGGUAUGUGGAUUAUCUUGUAGAAGAACAGGGAGUGAAGAAUAUCUUUGUGAAUGGCACGACAGGAGAAGGCCUGUCCCUGAGCAUCUCAGAGCGCUGCCGGGUCGCGGAGGAGUGGGUGACAGAAGGGAGGAACAAGUUGGAUCAGAUAGUAAUUCAUGUGGGAGCACUGAGCUUGAAGGAGUCACAAGAACUGGCCCAACAUGCAGCAAACGUAGGAGCCGAUGGCAUCGCUGUCAUUGCACCUUUCUUUCUCAAGCCAUGGAACAAAGAUGUCCUGAUUAACUUCCUAAAGGAGGUGGCCGCGGCUGCCCCUGCACUGCCGUUUUACUACUAUCACAUUCCUGCCUUGACAGGGGUAAAGAUUCGUGCUGAGGAGUUGUUGGAUGGAAUUCAGGAUAAGAUCCCCACCUUCCAAGGGCUGAAAUUCAGUGACACAGAUCUCUUAGACUUCGGGCAGUGUGUUGAUCAGAAUCGCCAGCAACAGUUUGCUUUCCUUUUUGGGGUGGAUGAGCAACUGUUGAGUGCUCUGGUGAUGGGAGCGACUGGAGCAGUGGGCAGUACCUAUAACUACCUGGGAAAAAAGACAAACCAGAUGUUGGAGGCUUUUGAACGGAAGGACUUCUCCUCGGCCCUGAACCAUCAGUUUUGUAUUCAGAGAUUUAUCAACUUUGUGGUCAAACUAGGUUUUGGAGUGUCGCAGACCAAAGCCAUCAUGACUCUUGUCUCUGGGAUUCCAAUGGGCCCACCCCGGCUUCCACUACAGAAAGCCUCCAGGGAGUUUACUGAUAAUGCAGAAGCUAAACUGAAAAGCCUAGAUUUCCUUUCUUUCACUGAUUUAAAGGAUGGAAACUUGGAAGCUUGUAGCUAGUGCCUCUCUAUCAAAAUCAGGGUGUGUACGUUGAGAUAUAAUCCACUUUGAAUACUGCAUUCAUUUCUCAAAAACUUUUUGGAUGAAUUUGAACUAAACUUUCCUAGCAAAUGAAAUCUUGCAUCAAUCAACAAGUAUUUAAAUACCUACUAUGAUCUUUUUAAAGUUUUAAUUUGUGAAGGGGCAAAAACUCUAAAAGGAGUUAUGAGCCCUAAGUCAUUCAAUAUUUCACAGAAUUUUGGUGGAGAAGUUUUUGCAUAAAUGGAUAAGAUGGAAUCAAGAGGAAAAUUGUAAUUGAUUAAUUCCAUCUGCCUUUGGGAGCUCCCAUUAUCUUGAUUUCUGGUUGUUAAUCCUAUUUUAAAGUUUUCUAAUUUUAGACCACCAUAAUGUACUUUCAGUUUAAUAAAUAUUCAUUUGGAAUCUAGGACAACUCUGAGCUAUU